AUGAAGACAUUCAGCUGCAGGAAGCAGAGUCUGAUCGAGGAUGCUCGCAGGGAGCGCAGCAGCAGCUCCGUGGGCUCCCCGGGGCCCUCCAGGUUCGGGGACGGCGUUGUGUUCGAGGACAAGGAUGGCAGGGUCACGAUAAACGUCCUGUUCACGCUCAGCAAUGAGAAGAACACGGGAUUCUUUCAAGCGGGGAAAAUAUUUGAGACGUUUGAAGCCAAACUCUUUCACAUCGAGAGCCGGAUGAGGAAGAAGUCAAAGACGGACCUGCCUGACCUGGACUUCUUCAUGACGUGUGAAGUCCAUCGCUCUGACCUGGACGUGUUCAUCAACUCGCUGAAGAGGGUGGUGGGGGAUGUUCGCUCUGUGCCGGAGGAGAAAGUUCCCUGGUUUCCUCGACGGAUAAAAGAUCUGGACCGAUGUAAUUUGUUAAUAACCAAAUUUGAUCCGGAUCUGGACCAUGAUCAUCCAGGAUACAAUGAUUCAGAGUACAGAAAAAGACGAGCUGCCAUCUCCGAGCUUGCCUUCGGAUACAAACAAGGCGACCCGCUGCCGUCUGUCGAGUACACAGCAGAGGAAAUCUCUACAUGGAGGCAGGUUUAUCAGCAGCUGAGGAGUGUGUAUCCCACCCUGGCCUGCAGGCAGUUCCUGGACGGCCUGCAGCAGCUGGAGGAGGAGUGUGGAUACGGAGAGGACCAAAUCCCUCAGCUCAGAGACGUCUCCGCCUUCCUGAAAG